AUGCACUUCCUCAAUAUUGCAACUGCGGCACUGACCGCUGCCUCCACAGCAUACGGUGCCCCCCUUGAAAAGCGUGCUGCCAAGGUCGAUGAACUCGUUGGUUUCGCUGCUGGCACAACCGGAGGUGGAAGCGGUGCUGGCACCACUGUCAGUUCUUGUGCCCAGCUUACUGAGGCGGCCAAGGCCGGAGGUGUGAUCAAGAUCAAGGGGACCCUCACUGGUUGUGGUAUCGUCAAAAUCGCUACCAGCAACACUUCCAUAUUGGGUGUUGGGAGCGACGCCGGAUUGACCGACGGUGGAUUCCAGAUCCGCAAGGUCUCCAACGUCAUCAUCCGUAACUUGAAGUUGUUCCGCGCGCCUGCGGGUAAGGAUCUGAUUGACAUCGAUGAAUCCACCAAGGUCUGGAUUGAUCACAACGACUUCUCCUCCGUUGGCAUGACCGGCGACAAGGACACCUACGAUGGUCUCCUGGAUGCUAAGCAUGGUGCUGAUGAACUCACCUUUUCAUGGAACAAGUUCCACGACCACUGGAAGGGUUCCCUCGUUGGCCACAGCGACAACAACGGUGCGAAGGACCGUGGCAAGCUUCGUGUCACCUACCACCACAACGACUUCGUCCGCGUGAACUCGCGUCUUCCAUCCAUCCGCUUCGGUACCGGUCAUAUCUACAGUUCUUGCUACAACGGUGGUAUCUCUGGUGUCAACAGUCGCAUGGGUGCUCAGGUUCUGGUCGAACAGACCUCUUUCACCGAUGUUGACCGUGCCAUUGUCACGAACCUUGACUCUGACGAGGAGGGCUUUGCAACGGAGUCCGGCAACCUGUUCACCAACAGUCCCACGCAGAUCACCAAGAAGGGCUCCUACAAGGCUCCUUACACUUACACCACCGAUCCUGCUGCAGAUGUUUGUGCUAUUGUUGCUAAGAGCGCUGGUGUCGGCGUCGUUACCUUCUAA